AUUCGUGACAUCAGGUCACACGCAUUUCAAUUCCUGGAUGGCGGUCCUGAGUUAAUCCCACUUCCAAACCGGAUUUCCAAAACAAGGGGGCUGACUGGCGAAAAAAAAAAGGACGACAACACCGGAAUGAGGAAAUUGACGAGGGGGCAAAGCCAUGUGCAAAACAAAGUUGCUCAUCGCUGAUAACCACACACGACCCGAAGCACCAGAGGGUCACUCCACUCCAGUCUUCCAGUGGCGUUCCGCUUCUCCGUCCUCUGCGUCCCAAAACAGACCGCCGCCGGCCGGCCGCCUCACUGCACCAGCCCUCCGCCCUCCUCCCGCACCUCAGCCCCCACUUCUCCCUGCAUCCAGGGACAUGUCUCUCCUCCUCAUCACACUGCUGUCCUCGCUCAUGCUGCGCGACGCCGCGGCUUGGGGCGCCAACGUCAAGUACGCGGUGAACUGCCCCGACCGAUGCAGCGCGGAGCGGUGCGGCGCGACGCAGCGGUGCGCACGGACGGUGCUGGACGACUGCGGCUGUUGCCAGGUCUGCGCGGCCGGACGCGGGGAGCACUGCUACCGCACGGUGUCCGGGAUGCACGGGGUGAAGUGCGGGCCGGGAUUAUUCUGCGAGUUCUACAAGGACGAGGACGAUUACGGAGACGAAUAUGGGAUCUGCAAAGACUGUCUGUAUGGAACCUACGGGAUGGAGUGCCGCAGGACAUGCAACUGCAAAGGCGGCAUAUGUGACCGGGAGACGGGAGCUUGUCUCACCCUCAAAUUCUUUGCCAAAAUCGCCGGCAAACUCAAGACUGAGCCUCAAGAAGGGGGGGACGUGGGCUCAGGAGAGGUCAGUACUGCCCAGGACACGGAUCCCCACACGGACAGACCCACCGCUCCCAAGCGACUCAACCCUCGCUGACAAGUGCUGACAGGACUGAAUCUAUUCGGUGUACAUGUAGCAUUAACUUAUAAAUGAACUGAAAGAUAUAUUUUAUUAUGUUAAACAAUGAGAAACUUUUUUACAGCAUUUGGAGGUUUGGUUUUGUUUGUUUGGUCCUCUUUUAAAUCGAGCAUCUUCUCUAUGAAAUGCACCAGACGGUUGUAUGUUAUUCUCUUUUUCUCUCUUCUUCCUUUGAUUCUCAAGACUUUGUUCCCACGAGCUGCAGUGUAGACGUCGUUUAGUGUGCAUAUUGUUGAGAGAAAGAAGAGUUAAGUUUUAUUUGAAGUUUUCCAUAAUGAUAUCAUAUUUGUACUGGAUCUAUGAAAAGUAGAUGUUGGAAUUAUCAUGUAUGUGACACCAGCCAAUGUAAAGACAGCCCAAUUAAACCAAAGUUAUCACACAUG